CUUCGGCGCGUUGAUAUGAUUGGCCGGCGCCGGCGGCGCUCUCUUCCUGCCUGGCCUCCCGCAGCCGCGCCGCCGCCAUGAACGACACGGUCACCAUCCGGACCCGGAAGUUCAUGACCAACCGCCUGCUCCAGCGGAAGCAGAUGGUCAUCGACGUCCUUCACCCUGGGAAGGCCACGGUCCCCAAGACGGAGAUUCGAGAGAAGCUUGCCAAGAUGUACAAGACCACUCCAGAUGUCAUUUUCGUGUUUGGAUUCAGAACCCAUUUUGGCGGUGGCAAGACAACCGGCUUUGGGAUGAUUUACGAUUCUCUGGACCACGCAAAGAAAAACGAGCCCAAACACAGACUGGCAAGACACGGCCUGUAUGAGAAGAAAAAGACCUCACGCAAACAGAGAAAGGAACGCAAGAACAGGAUGAAGAAAGUCAGGGGGACCGCCAAGGCCAACGUUGGCGCCGGCAAAAAGAAAUGAAGUGUCUGGCAGGUACUGAGAUUUGAGCACGGUGUGGGGGUGCAUCAACUUCACUGAGUUUGCUUUGAUGCUCUGCAUGUUGAUUUUGGGCGGUUUUACAGUGUGUGUUUUACUAUGGUACUGGUGUUAUCUUUGAACACACUGUACCGUGAGCGAAGGGGAUCUUGAUGACACUGCUUUUGGAAACGCACAGUGCAUGUUAAUGUUCUGCUGUGAAUUGGUGAGUUGGAGGCAGAUGGGGUCACCUUGAGUGCUGAGGGGUGCCUGGGGUGGUGGAUGGCUUUAGUCAAAGCAGGACUUGGGAGGGUUCCUCUCCUGCAUUCUCUCCCCUGGGCACCCUGAUCACUCAGCGGGGUGGUUCUAGUAAGGUGGAGGUUCACCCAGGAGGUCCCUUCUGGCAGUGUCUACACGGAGAGGGCCCUCUUCUACUUCUGAGGGGAGACCUGCCAGGCGGGGGCGGGGGGCCAACUCCAGGGGCUCAGUGCCCAAGUCCAGCAGUGCUGCUGCAUGGGACUCUGGUGCCAGGGCUGGAGCAGGCCUCUGCAUGCAAGGCCGGAGUGCUGCCAGGCCCUUAGAGCCUCCUUGGCCUGUUGAGGCUUUCUGUUGAGUGCUCUUCAGCUUCCUUCUUCGCUCUUGUUUGCAGGAAUCUCCAAGGUAACUGUUCACUUGUAGUAAAACCUGAGAACUUUCUCCACAGCUAAUUGGAAUGUUUGCCUCAUGUGAAACACAUUUUUGUACUUGUUUCUUUUGUGGUUUUGUACAUUUUGAGCAGCCUUACCCACUAACCUUAAGGGGGGUUGAGUGUGCUGGAUUGUGAAGCAGGGUGGGCAGUGUCCUUGAGCGUGCUGCCCAUGGCCAGCAGUGGACUGCAGUGCUUUAGUUCCCAGUAGUGGUAGCAGGGCCAGGGAAACACUCCUGCUUGCUUCCUGGUCAUGACACUUCUGACGCCCUGCCCUGCAGACAAGUUCCAGAUAUCUUCUGACUUGGCUUGGGGACAUUCCACACUUGACCUGCUGUUCGGGUUGUGUGUUGAUGCUCCUUGGUCCUUGGGAGGACUUCGGAGGCCGGGGCUGCCGGAGGCCAGCAGUCAGUAGAGUGCUGUGGGCAGGGCACUUGGCCUUGCUCAUAACCUACCCUGGUUUCUGUCCCCGACAUCCUAUAGGUCCCCUGAUCGCCUGCCAGGUCUGACUCCAAAAAACAAAUGAGUUUUUAUUAGGAGUUUUUGGAAUUGUUAUGUGCCUCUGUUGGGUGUAGCAGGAAAGUUAAGGAGGAAACUCAUCUGAUUUGAAGAGCCAAGGAGCAUUUUUACUUGAGCUCGUUUCUGCCUUUUGAAAUAUUGGGGACUAAACGUUGACAAAGCAUUGAGCGGAAACCAGCUGCAUGGGACUUGCUCAUCCCUGCUCCCACUAGGAUGAGGGGUU